UCCCAGUCUUUCUUUAUCAGCACGAGAAAAGUCUAUUCCUCUCCCCGUCUUCCCGCUUCUUCUUGAAUUUCGUCUCUUUCCUCGCUGAGAGGGAAAAAAAAAAAAAUACAUUCUUGAAGUCUGUCUGAGAGCGUUCAGUGGGAGAAGAUAGUAGCGAGAGUGAGGUCCACAGAUAAGUGAUAUACAUAUAGAUAUAUAGCGAGAAGCGUUCGUAGGACCACGCGGAUGAGGGUGGAGAGUGUGGUUUUGGAGAGAGAGAGCGUUGAGAGUCAGGGGAGGAAGAAAGAAGGAGGAGGAGGAGGAGAAGGGGUGAUGGAUACUCCGGAGAGGAACAAGAGCAACCAGAUCGCGACACCCAUUUCCAAAUUUGAGGACUCCCCUGUGUUCAAUUUCCUUAACAGCCUCUCCCCCAUCAAGCCGGUUAAGUCUGUACACAUCACUCAGAGUUUCAAUUCCCUCAGUUUUGCAUCUCUUCCAUCUGUUUUCACUUCACCCCAUGUGAGUACAGUGAAGGAAUCAAGAUUCCUAAGAAGGCAUCAACUUCCUGAUCCAUCAAAACCCGAGUUUUCUUCUGAUAAUGAUCAUAGAGUUGAGAGACCUGUGGGCAAUGAUUUAGAUGUUGCUAAUGAUGCCAGUGAGAAAGAGGAAAGCUUUGAUCCUCAAAGUUGCAUUGUUGAUGAUUCUGUCCAACCAUCUCCUCAUGAAUCAACAAAGAUUUCAUCCGAGCUUGUAAGAACAUUAGAUUACGAAUGCAGCAGCCCGAAUUCCAGCCCGAUGCCAAGUUCUGGUGUCAAAAACAGAAACUUGUUACAAUUUGCUGGUAGCUCGGUGACAAUCAUCCCGUUGGUGCAAGAUGUGUCGGGGAAAGGUUUGAUGGGAAGUGAAGUUGAUAGGAAUAAAGAAGCUUCGGGAUGUGAAUGGGAGAGUUUGAUGCCCGAUGCCGCUGAUCUGUUAAUCUUUGAUUCGCCCAAUGACGCAGAGGCCUUCAAGAAAGCAAUGGAUUCAAGCCCGAGGUCUGUUCCCUUUGUCGCCAAUGAGAUACAGAACAUGGAAACGUUUAGUACGGUUAGUUAUGGUGAAUUAGUUGGCGAUGGAAGUGAAACACAAAACCAAUCUGCCCAACCGGGCGGGGGAAAUGAACUCCACCAAUAUUCCGAAACCCAGGACAUAAUCCCCGAUUCUUCUCUAAACAACGCCAUGACUGGGGGCCCAAACGAGAUUGAUGCUGAGAUGGUUUCCGGGUUAUAUCGUGGAAUGAGGAGGCGCUGUUUAGUCUUUGAGAUGAACGGAGCUCGGAGACAACCUUUAGAUGACAAUUCAGGUUCGAGUUCUUCCAUAUUGGCUGAACAUGAUGGAAACACUGCUGAAAAGCAUUUGGUUGCUGUGAAUGAAUCUUCGAGGCGCGUUUUACCUGGAAUUGGCUUGCAUUUAAACGCCCUUGCUGUAACUCCUAGGGAUGGCAAGGGUGCCAAACACGAAUCUUUUGCUUCUUCAGGAAAACAGCUGAUAAUUGCACCCACCUCGGCUGCCAAUUAUCAUCUGAUAACUACCAGUCAAGAAUCGUUGAAUAAUUCUCUGGCUGUAGUCUCUUCAGAACGAGAAAUAGUCCCUACGCGAAAUGGAGCUUCUCUUAACGAAGACGCUAGUCAAGAACCUCGAUACGUUGGUAAUGAAGAGCUCAGCCAGACUAGUCCCAAGAAAAAGAAGCGUAAAGUGGAUUCUAAAGAGGGCGAAAGUUGCAAGCGCUGCAACUGCAAGAAAUCUAAAUGCUUGAAACUUUAUUGUGAAUGUUUUGCUGCCGGUGUCUACUGUGUGGAGCCUUGUUUAUGUCAAGAGUGUUUCAACAAGCCUAUUCACGAAGAUAUGGUCCUUGCAACUCGCAAACAGAUCGAGUCUAGAAAUCCACUUGCGUUUGCUCCCAAAGUGAUAAGGUCCACCGACUCUAUGUCUGAAACGGGGGAUGACUCCAACAAAACCCCUGCUUCUGCUCGGCAUAAGAGAGGAUGCAAUUGCAAGAAAUCGGGUUGUCUGAAGAAAUACUGCGAAUGCUAUCAGGGUGGUGUUGGAUGCUCGAUUAAUUGCAGAUGCGAAGGCUGUAAGAACGCGUUUGGUAGAAAAGAUGGCUCUGAUCCCGACUUGGAAGACGAGGAAACAGAUCUCUUCGAGAAGAGUGUUGUUGAAAGGAGUUCACAGAAGCUUGCCAUCGCCCAGAAUGAAAUCGAACACAUCCCCGAUUCUGCACUGCCUGCAACUCCACUUCGGUUAAAGAGACCGCAAAUGCAAUUCCCAUUUCCGUCCAAGAACAAGCCACCGAGAUCAUCGUUUCUUUCCAUUGGAUCUUCGUCUGGCAGCCAGGGACUCGGGAGACCAAGCUUCUUCCAAUCGCUCCCGAAGUUUGACAAGCAGUUCGAGACGAUCAAGGAGGACGAGAACGAAAUGCCAGAAGUUCUUCAAACGACCUGCAGGUCUCCCAUCAGUGGCAUAAAGUCGGGAUCUCCAAACAGCAAGAGAGUCUCUCCUCCUCAUCAUCAUCAUCACAGUAGUGAGUUUGGAACAUCAUCAUCAUCUUCCCCGGGGCGGAGGAGCAGCAGAAAGCUCAUCCUGCAAUCCAUCCCCACAUUCCCUUCUCUCACUCCAAAUCAAUGAAGAAAGAAAGAUCAGAUGAGAUGAGAUGAGAUGCCCUUUCUGUUGUCAACUUUGCAGGGAAAGUUUGUGUCUGUAGUGUAGUUAUAAGUGAGGUGUUAUUUUUCCAGACUUUGGGCCUGCAGUUAUAUUUGUAAAUUAGCUUUUGUUUGCUUCCUUAAUAACCUUGUAGUCCUAAUAAUAAACUUUUUAGAAGUGAUAAAUCACCUGUUAUAUCUA